ACAGGCGGCCUUCGCUAUCAACUGCACAGCGGGCAGAGGCAGAGGAACGCAGAACCUUCUCGCACAGCGGGAUAAAAGGGUGAAUUUGCAGCUGAUAGGCAAAUAUAUCUUGUGAUGUAUUUCUCUGGCUUUGAUAUCAGGGUAAUAUCGGCCUCAUAGAAUGAAGUAGUGUUCCGCCGUUAUUUUUUGGAAGACAUUGCUAAGUACUGAUGCAGGCUUCUCCACUUCAAACGAGUCAACCAACUCCACCUGAAGAACUUCAUGCUGCUGCCUAUGUGUUUACAACUGAUGGGCAGCAAAUGAGGAGUGACGAAGUAAAUUUGGUUGCAACAGGGCAUCAAAGCAAAAAGAAACAUUCCAGAAAAUCCAAGAGACACUCUUCAUCUAAGAGAAGGAAGAGUAUGUCCCUGCAGUUAGACAAACAGGAAGAUGCUACCAUCACUCACAAUAUCCAUGAAGAGAGGAUGGAAAAUGGCCAUUCUCGAACUGAUAAAGUCUUGUCAACUGUUCCACCACGGCUUGUUCAUAUGGCUGCAGCUGGUAUUCCAUCCAUGAGUACCAGGGAUCUGCAUUCUGCCGUCACUCACAAUUUCCGUGAAGAGAGAAUGGAAAAUGGCCAACGCCAACCUGAUAACGUCUUGUCAACUGGUCCCACAGGGCUUAUUAAUAUGGCAGCAACUCCUAUUCCAGCCAUGAGUGCCGGAGAUCUCUAUGCUACAGUCACUCACAAUGUCUGUGAACAGAAGAUGGGAAAUGUCCAACCAGCACCUGAUAACGUGUUGUUGACUCUUCGACCACAUCGUAUUAAUAUGACAGACACUGGUAUUUCACCCAUGAGUACCACGGAUCCGUAUGCUACCAUCACUUACAAUGUCCCUGAGGAGAAGAUGGAAAAGGGCCAACUCCAACCUGAUAACGUCUUGUCAACUGCUUCCACAGGGCUUAUUGAUGUGGCAGGAGCUGGUACUCCAGCCAUCAGCACCAAUGGCCUGUAUUCCACCGUCACUCACAAUGUCUAUGAAGAGAAGAUGGAAAAUGACCAACCGCAACCUAAUAACAUAUUGUCAACUGUUCAACCAAUGGUUAUUUAUUUGACAACAGCCGGUAUUCCGGGUAUGAGUACCAGGGAUCAGUAUGCUACUGUCACUCACAAUGUCUGUGAAGAGAGGGUGGUAAAUAACCAACCAGUACCUAGUAACACCUUGUCAACUGUUCUACCAGGGCUUACUUAUUUGGCAACAGCUGAUACGCCAGCCAUGAGUACCAGGGAUCAGCAUGCUACCAUCGUUCACAAUGUCCGCGAAGAGAAGAAAGAUAACAGCCAACCAGCCCCUGAUAACGUCUUGUCAGCGGUUACACCAGGGCUUAUUAACUUGGCGGGAGCUGGUAUUCCACCCAUGAGUACCAGGGAUCAGUAUGCUACCGUCAAUCACCAUGUCCAUGAAGCGAGGAUGGAAGAUGGCCAACGAACACAGGAUAACGUCUUGUCAAAUGUUCUCUCCGGGCUUAUUAAUAUGCCAGGAGCUAGUAUUCCAGCAAUGAGUUCCAGGGAUCUGUAUGCUACUAUUGCUCACAGUGUUCGUGAAGAGAAGAUGGAAAGUGGCAAACCCCGAACUGAUAAGGUCGUAUCAAAUGUUGCACCACGGCUUGGUCAUAUGGCUGCAGGUGGUAUUCCAUCCAUGAGUACCAAGGAUCUGUAUGCUACUGUCACUCAAAAUGUCUGUGAAGAGAGGAUGGAAAAUAACCAACCACAACCUAGUUAUGACUUGUCAGCUGUUCUACCAGGACUUACUUAUUUGACAGCAGCUGGUAUUCCAGCCAUGAGUACCAGGGAUCAGUAUGCUAUUGUCACUCACAAUGUCCAUGAAGAGAAGAUUAAAGGUGGCCAAGCAGCAUCCGAUAACGUCUUCUCAACUGUUCCGCCAGCACUUGUUAAUAUGGCAGCAACUGGUGUUUCAUCCAUGAGUUACAGGGAUCAGUAUGCUGCAGUCACUCACAACAUCCAUGAAGAGAAGAAAAAUAACAGCCAACCAGCACCUGGUAACAUCUUGUCAACUGCUCCUCCAUGGCUUCGUCAUAUGGCAGCAGCUGGAAUUUCAUCCACGAUUACCAGGGAUCUGUAUGUCACCGCCACUCACAAUGUCCAUGAGGAGAAGAUGACAAAUGGCCAACAGGCACCUGAGAACUCCUUGUCAACGGUUCCACCAGGGUGUAUUAAUCUGUCAGGAGCUGGUAUUUCAUGCAGGAGUACCAGGGAUCUGUAUGCUACUGUCACUCACGAUAUCCAGGAGGAGGAGAUGGAAAGUGGUCAAACCCCUCCUGAUGGCUUCCUGUCAAAUUCUGAUUCACCAGAGCUUAUAAAUAUGACAGGACAUCGUACGCCACCCAAUGCAUUGGAUUCUUUCUCUUACGACUUCACAAGUCUCAGCAAAGAUGAGCUGCUUUACAAACCUGAUAGUAAUGAAUUUGCGGUAGGCACCAAAAACUACAGUGUCUCUGCAGGUGACCCACCAGUCACAGCAAUGUCUUCAGUGGAAACUGUGCCAAAUACACCACAAAUAUCUCCUGCCAUGGCAAAGAAAAUUAAUGACGAUAUAAAAUAUCAGUUAAUGAAAGAAGUUCGAAGGUUUGGGCAAAGUAAGUACUGCAAGAAUGUCUAUCAAUGAAAGCAUGAGAAAUGUCUCAUUCUAUGAUUUAGAACAGAAUUGAGCUGCCUCUUGAGCUCAUUGUUUGGCUGAAUUGGAUCUGUAUAUAAUUUAGCAUGGCUUUACUUUAAUUUCACUGAAAAUUGCUAAUAUGUCUGCUUAAGUGUUUUGUUUUCCUUUGUUAGUGUUCACAAUAGUUUCCUUAGUAAUAUACAGAUGUCGUGAUUAAAGCAUUCAAAACACAAACACUAUGCAACAUUGUAGCCCAUGGAAAAUGUAUACUGUGGUAGUGGAUGCACUGAGAUUGAGGUAUAUUUCAUUUUCGUAACUGUAGAAAUACUAAUUUUUUAAAUAUCUUCAGAUUAUGAAAGAAUUUUCAUUUUGCUUGAAGAGGUACAAGGAUCUAUGAAAGUCAAGAGACAAUUUGUUGAAUUUACCAUCAAGGAAGCAGCAAGGUGAGUGCAAAAAGGAACUGUGCUAUUGUUUUAAGCACUUGCGCCCAAUUUGGGACAGGGGCAGGAACAAAUCAUGCUUUGUUCCUCCUAAUCCCUGGCCCUCAAUCAUAGUUCAUGCUAUUUCCACAGACAUUUAGGUUGAUACUCUCUUAUUCUAACAGUUUCUUCCAAUACCAUGGAGCCUUCCAAAUUUAUCAAAAUCUGGGAGUGUGCGUGGGCCCUCAGUUGACUCGCUUUGUGUUUUUCUAGUUUGCAUCUUUCCAUGAGGAUGCAUUUUCCACUUGCAUGUAGAUGGUAAACUCUAUUUUGUAUCCACUCUACCUCUUACAUCUCAUAGAUGCUGUAGGUAUCCUCUGGUGAAUGGAAUACCUCUUUAAUUUCAGGUUUAAAAAAGUUGUCUUAAUUCAGCAACUCGAGAAGGCGCUUAAAGAAAUAGAUUCCCACUGCUGUCUCAGAAAAGUUAAGCACAUGAGGAAAAAAUAAUUGUGUUAGUGCAAAGACCAAGGAGAAACAAGGACACAUGCUGUAGGAUGGAACAGGUUAUUGCUGAAGCUCCCUAUAAUCCUGAAGUGAAGAGAAUUCCCUUCCAGAAGCUACGAAAAAGGGAGCUGUUUAAAUUUAAUAAAUCUCUGCUAGCAAAAGCUGCAC